GUGACCACAGUGAGGCAGCAGCAUGGCGGACGCGGAGGUGUCGGCGGUUGAAAUCUCUGAUGCGGCUUGUUGAGCGGAAUCGCUCAGAAAGUUUAUACGGAAACGCCGAAGUAACGGAGGAGCUGCUGAAAAACGAGUUAUAUCCUGAAGUACCGCAGGACGACUUCAAGGCUUUGUACGAAAAAAUGAAGGCGCUGGUGAAGUCCAUCGCCACAGCGGACAUGGACCACAGCCAGCUAGAGGCCUACCUCACAGCCCAGACCAAGAAGCAUGGUGGCGGCAGGCUGAGCACUGAGCAAGCUGCCGCGCUCUCUCGUUUCUGGAAGAGCCACCGAACCCGGGUGAGGGAGAGUUUGCUGGCUCAGAGUCACUGGGAGCCCGGCCUCAGGGGCCUGUCCUGGAGGGUGGACCUCCAGACCGCAGCCAGCCAGGAGGGUGCGGCCGACAGUGGUCCAGUGGCCCUCCUGGAGCUGGAGCUGGGCCGGGCGGGUCAGGACUCAGAGUUUGUCUGUCUGGAGUUUGAUGAAGCUAAAGUGAACCAGCUGCUGAAGAAGAUGUCAGACAUCCAGCAAAGCAUCGACGGCGCCGCUCACCGCAGCUGAACCCGUGCCGCCCUCACACAGGCGCCAAACUGCUUCUCUUGUCAGACUUGAUGGUGCCGCUGGAGCAUCAGUAUGUUUCUGCUAAAUCACAAAAGUCAAGACAGCGUUUAUUCAGCAUCCUGCUGAACGAGUUGACGUGUGAUCUCCAUGAGUCUGACUUGUGACUGGAAUAAGACUGCUUCCCGUUUCUGCGUCCAGUGCAGUUUUCUUAUUGCCGGCAGACGUAGCGUUCCAAGGAUUUUUGCCCGGUAACCUUUAUAUUUCCUGAUCUCUGAACGCCGUUAGACCCUGAAAUGAUGCACUGCCAAGAAGAGGGAAUGACUUCAGAGAGGAUUAUGUCUUUAAGGUUGUACUGCCAAACUUCAACCCUGAGCCCACCGGGGUCGUGUGCCAGUCAUAAUUCUCCAGAAGAUCAAAACCUCCAUCACCUGAACAACAUAGUUUGCAGCAGUUCGACUUUGAGUGUAACAGUACUUGUACAUGUCUAGAAGCACUUCCAUCAUUACCAGAUUGUAAAUCUGGAGAAAACUUUUUCUGAUUUUAGAGGCGACACAGAGCCAAUAAAUGUUUUCAUAGAACACAGCAACAAAAACUUGAACCCAGGUGCCCCCCAUUUUUAGUUUCUUUUUUUUUUUUUUUUUUUAACACUUGCGGUGUUAAUGUCAUGUGACCAUAAGUGUCACUGCAACUUUUUUUCAUUAAUGUCCAUGGAACUUGAUUUAGUAAUCUUAUAAAGAGGAGGAGCCCAUUAAAUGAUGAUGAUCAGGACACACACGUGGAUUUCUGUUUCAUGGCAAAAUUUCUCAAAAUUUGAAUAGUUUCUCUUAAAAAAA